AUGCCAUUCGUCAAGACAGACUUCGUAAUCCCUUUGGAUGAACUCAGGCGCGAGCCCACUGCAAGCAAAGAGCAAGAAGCCGGAGGGAGCAAUUUUCGACCAGUAUGUCUGAAGUGUCGCGUUUUUGAAGGCCCUAAAGGUUCCGCAUACGCUGAGUUCGGCGGGACAAAAGUACUCGCGAGAGUGUAUGGCCCCAACGAUGAUCCCAACGGCGAUUCAAACGCGGCAUCGCUGUCG